UCCUACCCUUGCCGACCGAACAAAUGGAUUGUAUGUCAGUCUUUGUGUCACAGGACGCAAUAAAAUUUUAUAUGAAAACAAAUUAAGCGUUUGAACAGUUUAUUGAAUUGUGUGAUUGAUGAAGGACGAUUAAGAUGUCGAGAUUUGUGCGCACUGGUGAUCGAGGGGAUAGACGCUUCCGUUUUGGGGAGGCAGAAGACUCAGUGCCCAGCAGCUCCCAUCAUGGAUAUCAAAAUGAUGCCGGUCAUUCUCGUGGUAGGGGUCGAGGUGGACGUCGGGGCCGAGGUCGAGGUGGUCACCCAGCCGGGCUAACAGGCAAGGAAAUAGGUCUUUACUACCGCGAAAAAUCCCUUCAAAAGGAACAAAAAGCGCACUACUUCUCCCUCGAGCCAAUGGUCGAAGGAACCGUGAAGGCUCUUUUAACUCGGUUGAAAACCCCAUACGUCCAAGAAUCCGAUUCGCCGGACGAUGAGUACGAUUAUUUCAACGAUAAAUACAACCACAUCAAAGACUCCCAGUUCAAGCGAAAAUUUCUCGACAUUGUAUCUGGGAGUAUUCAACAGAAUUUAUCUCGUGCGUUAUUAAUGAGUUCGAAACUGAGGAAAAACGCAGAAAUCGACACACAAUUAGUAAAUGAUUUCAUGGUGGAUUGUGAUCGCGCUAAUUAUAAACAAAUGAGUGCCUCUCGUUCGAAAUUACCCGUCUACGAAAUGAAGGAAGAAAUUCUAGAUCUGGUCCAGAACAAUCAAAUUGUUGUGAUCAGCGGUGAAACGGGCUGCGGUAAAACAACACAAGUAGUUCAAUAUAUUUUAGAUCGUGAGAUAGUUCGAGGUCGUGGAACGACAACGAAAAUUGUCUGUACCCAACCGCGAAGGAUAUCAGCGAUUUCGGUAGCUGAGAGAGUCGCUGCAGAACGCGCCGAACCACUAAGUAAAUCCGUUGGUUAUCAAAUUCGAUUGGAGAAGGUCAUGUGCAGAGAUUACGCUAGUAUACUCUUCUGCACAACUGGUCUCCUUCUCCAAUACAUGCAGAGUGAUCCAGCAUUGAGGGAUUUUUCCCACAUAAUCCUCGACGAAAUACACGAGCGAAACACAGAGAGUGACUUCAUAAUCACUCUGUUGAAACAAGUCAUCCCCAAGAGGCCGGACCUCAAGGUUAUCCUGAUGAGCGCUACUCUGAAUGCUGACUCAUUCGCCCAUUACUACGACAACUGUCCCAUCUUACAUAUCCCAGGGGUGACCUAUCCCGUCAAGGAAUUUUACCUCGAGGACGUCCUCGAAUUCACGAGAUUUAAAUUUCCACCGGCCCAGAAGCUGCCUGAGAACUACAAGAGGCAUUUGAAAAAGUUCAAGGACAUGCAGGAAAAGGUGAAUAGUUUUGAGGCUUUCAUUGAGCCAGCUGUGAGGGAGAUGGAGGCCCAGGGGACAUAUCGCCCUUACGUGACUAAUGAAUUGAGAAAUCCCAACAGCGAAGUGUUGUCUUUGGACUUGAUUCGGGAACUUUUAUUAUGGAUUACGGCUACAAGAGAAAUCGGGGCCAUUCUCGUAUUUCUACCGGGAAUAAUGGACAUAUCGAAGCUUCACCAAAGUCUCCUGGAGUGCGGUAAAUUUCCCUCUCGCUCGUUUCGCAUUUAUCCCCUUCAUUCGCGACUUCCAACAGUUGAUCAGAAACAGAUUUUCAUACCAUCCUGUACCUAUAGAAAAAUUAUCCUAGCGACGUCUAUCGCUGAGACGUCUAUCACAAUUGAGGAUAUUGUGUAUGUCAUCGAUUGUGGGCGUACGAAAUUAACCAGAUUCGAUAUUACCAAAAACUUGGGGACGCUGGAGCCUGAGUGGAUCUCUCUAGCGAAUGCCAAGCAGAGGAAGGGAAGGGUUGGGAGGGUUCGGCAGGGGGAGGUCUUCAAGUUGUAUACGAAAGCAAGGGAGAUGACUUUCGAUCAAUACCCGACCCCAGAAAUUUUAAGAACACCCCUGGAGCAAGUGAUACUGCAAGCGAAGAUAUUGCAGUUGGGAAGUGUUGAGGUUUUUCUUGGAAGUCUCAUGGAUCCACCAGAGGAACGGGCGAUUCAUCUCGCUUUGGAGCACUUGAGAACCCUUAAUGCUCUCGAUAGUAAUGAGCGUUUGACGCCACUAGGUUAUCAUCUCGCAAAGCUUCCACUUGACCCCAGAACAGGAAAGAUGAUACUGUGGGCAUCAAUAUUCUCCUGUGUUGAGCCUGUCUUUGCCAUUGCUGCUAGUCUAACUUUUAAGGAUGCAUUCUACUGCCCUCUUGGAAGGGAGGAAGAGGCAAAUCGGGCCAAAUUGGAUCUGGGAAUGGGACAUUACAGCGAUCACAUCGCACUUGCUGAAGCUAUAAGGCUGUACGAGAGGGCUUUGCGAUCGGGUAAUGCUGGCAGGUUUUGCUCGGAAAACUUCUUGUCGUCAAAUACUCUGAGGCUGUUGGUGGAUAUGAAGCGACAGUUUGCGAGGCACUUGUACGAGAUGAAGUUCCUGGAGAGUGAGGAUCCUGGUGACGAGCGGUCUAACAGGAAUUCUCAUAAUCUCGCGAUGGUUAAGGCCAUUAUCUGUGCCGGAUUGUUUCCAAAUAUUGCUACUGUCAAACAACAUGGCAAUUUUCCGAAGCUCAAAACUGCUGAGCAUGGCCCAGUGGCGAUUCAUCCUAGUAGUAUAAAUGCAAGGGCGAAAAGCUUUCCCUCACCCUUCAUUACGUACUUCCUCAAGCAAAAGUCUACGGCUAUUCAUUUGCACGAUACAACGUGUGUUAAUGAAGCAGCACUAAUUUUUGCUUCCCCCAAUAGCUCUAUCAGGGCUGAAGGCAAGAGGUCUUUGAUUGUAUUGAAUAAAUCUACCUCGUUUCUGUGCAAACCCGAGACUGCGGGACUCAUUCAGGAGCUCAAGGAGGAGAUGGAUAAAUUGCUGGAGCACAAGAUCACGCAUCCUGGGACUAUUAAGGAGCAAUCGCAGGAGGAUACUGUGAUAAGGGCGAUUAUUGCACUUAUUUCGGAUGAUGAUGCUAGUGUGGAUUUGGAUAUUGGGAGGUAUCGUCGUACUGAUUAUUGAUCUCGGACCCGUUCGAUUGAUGAGAACAGUAACGGGGAAGUGAGGGGUUGAUUUCAUGUGGAGAUUAAGUGAAGAGAAAGUUUAAAGUGAAUCUAAUCGUUGAAUGUCGAGUUGUCUCUGUGGCGAAUGUUUCUUAGCGUAAAUAUAAGCCGAAUUUCUAUUGGGAAAUGUCCUCCCAGAAUUAAUCGUUUCGAAGAUAAAGAGAUCGUUGAUAGAGAUGACAAAAUUGAUUGGUCAAUUUCUAAUUGGCGAUUAGGGUAUUACGUUUUUCGGAGGAUAUUUCACAAUUUUGGCUCUCUCUUUUGAAUGCCUGAAUGUUUACGGAAAAUUGAAAUAGAAAUUUUCCACGUAGGAAAUGAAAAAAUGAAUAAGUGUAAAAUCGUUAUGUUGAAAAAUAAAUAAACAGUCGUUUAAUAUA